AUGGCUCAGCAGAGAAACAACAUAACUCAGUGUCCAAGGAAUAUAGAGACACAAAAUUUAACAUUCGUCUCAGAAUUCUAUCUCAUGGGACUCACAGAUAACCCAGAACUGGAACCUGUUCUCUUUGGACUGUUUUUAUCCACGUAUCUGGUUGCAGUGCUUGGGAACCUGAUCAUUGUCCUGGCUGUCAGCAAUGACCCUCACCUACACAUACCCAUGUACUUCUUUCUGUGCAUCCUGUCCUUGGCUGAUAUAGGAUAUAUUUCUACCACAGUCCCAAAGUUGAUCGUGAACAUUCAGACUCAUAGAAGAAGCAUAUCCUAUGUGGCAUGCCUGACACAGAUGUCUGUGUUUGCCAUUUUUGGUUGUGUAGAUGACAUGCUUCUGGUUGUGAUGGCUUAUGACAGGUUUGUAGCCAUCUGCCAUCCUCUCCAUUAUCCAGUCCUGAUGACCCCUCAGCUCUGUGUCUUAUUGGUUUUGAGUUCAUUUUUGGUUAGUUUUCUGGACUCCCAGCUGCACAAUUUGGUUAUCAUACAACACCCAAAUUUCAAGGAUGUGGAAAUUGCAAAUUUCUUUUGUGAUCCUUCUAAACUCCUUAAUCUGACCUGUUAUGAUCAUUUCAUCAAUGACAUUGUUGAGUAUUUUACAGGUGCCGUAUUUGGAUUUUUUCCAAUCCUGGGGAUCCUUUACUCUUACUAUAAAAUUGUGUCAUCCAUUCUUAGAAUUUCAUCUUCAGGGGCAAAGUUUAAGGCUUUUUCGACCUGUGUGUCUCAUCUGUCAGUAGUCUGCCUAUUUUAUGGAACAGGUCUUGGAGUGUAUCUUAGUUCAGCUCUGUCAUCUUCCCACAGAAAGGAUUUGAUGGCUGAAGUGAUGUACACUGUGGUUACACCCAUGCUUAAUCCAUUCAUCUAUAGCCUUAGGAACAGGGAUAUUAAAAGUGCCUUGAGGAGGCUGCACUUGAGAAUUAAUUAA